CGCUCACGUUUACGUAAAAGCAAGCGCUCCGGUUUCCCUGGCGGAGAAGAUGGCGGCUCCUGGACCGGGGGAGUAUUUCAGUGUCGGGAGCCAUGUCUCUUGUCUUACCUGCUUAGGUCAACGUUUACAAGGAGAGGUCGUAGCUUUUGACUACCAAUCCAAGAUGUUGACUUUGAAAUGUGCUGCCUCCAGCGGUAAGCCAAACGUCAGCGACGUGGUCCUGAUUAACCUAGCCUAUGUGUCAGAAGUGGACAUCAUUAAUGACCGUACUGAAACUCCUCCACCGCUAGCAUCUCUCAAUAUAAGCAAGCUCGCCAGUCGGGCCCGGGCGGAGAAGGAGGACAAGCUCUCCCAGGCCUAUGCAAUCAGUGCAGGAGUCUCCCAGGAAGGCCAGCAGUUAUUCCACACUAUUCACAAAACCAUCAAAGACUGCAAGUGGCAGGAGAAGAACAUUAUAGUGAUGGAUGACGUGGUCAUCUCGCCUCCCUACCAGGUGGACAACUGCAAAGGCAAAGAUGGGAGUGCUUUAAGUCAUAUACGCAAAAUAGUGGAGAAACACUUCCGGGACACCGAGGGCCAGAAGCCGGUGCCACGCUCACAAGCACAGCAAACACAGAAGGACUCCUCUUCUUUAUCAUCUUGAAAAGGGAGGGAGGUGUGUGUUUUGGGGUGUGUGUCUGCGCGUGUAUGGGUACGCGUGUGUGUGUGUGUGUGUGUGUGUGUGUGUGUGUGUGUGGGAGAGGGAGGGAGAGAGAGACAGAGAGAGUGUAUGUGUAUGUGUGCGUGAGAGCAUGUCGGCCUGGCCUUUGAUGGCGAGAUGAGCCGCAGGGAGAGGGGAGCGCCGGGCGAGCCGACGAUCCGUAACCCCUGCCAGUUGACCUCCGACCUCCAGGCACCCGCCUCCCCACCGUCAGCGCCAGAUCAAGUCAGCGGUGGGGAUGGGGGAUCACCCAGGCUGGGAGGUCUGGAAGAUUUAAAAAAUAAACAAACAAACAAAUAAAUAGAAAAAUAAAUAAAUAAACAUUGUAAAAAAAACAAAACAAAAAAAAAGACAAACACGAGAGACAGAAAGAGAGGAAAUUAGACUCCGUGAAAAAUCGUUUAAAAACAGAACCAACAGACCCCAGACUAACUCUGUCCUCCCUCCCCUCAUCCUCCCUUCUCAUGCCAGCAAUUGUUUGGUUAUUUUGUUUGUCAGUUAUUUGCCCCUUCCUUUCUUCCUUCAGUCACCCUCUUUCCCUCUCUCCUUCCUUUCUUCCUUCGACACUCUUUCCCUCCCUCUUUUCUUCCUUCAGUCACUCUUUCCCUCCUUCCUUUCUUCCUUCAGUCACUCUCUUUCCCUCCUUUCUUUCUUCGGCACUCUCUUUCCCUCCCUCCUUCGCCAUGAAUUCCAUUUUGUCUGAAAAAAAAAACAAGUGCAGUCAGAAAAGCUUGUUAGCUUUAUUUUUCUUUUCUUUUCUUUUUUUUCUGUACGUUCUCCAAGUGUCUGUAUUUUCUGUAUUUUAAAAAAACGAGAAGUGACUUGAGAUGCCACACUUUAAAAAAAAAAGGACAUUUUCUAAAAUAAAAAUAACAAAACCUC